AUGACGACGACAAGCGCCGCCUCUGCAGGGCCCUCUCCCAUAGAGUCGCCUGUCUUUGAAGUAAUACGACCUCAGCUCUCCCGGACGGCAAGUGACCAGCGGCCAGUCGUGCUCAUGACCUGCGGCAUAGCAGGCGCUGGCAAAAGCACCCUAGCCAAGACAGUCACUGCGCGUCUGCCCAACUUUGUGCGCUUCUCCGCCGACCAGACUGUCCACGAAAAGCACGGCCUCUGCGGCAUCGACUUUGCGCGCGACAAGCACGCCGGCUACCUGGAAGACGCGCAAACAGUGAUCAAGACGGCCCUGGCGGCGCUCAUAAAGUCUGGCGGCGCGCGCGACGCCGUCCUGGACUUGUCCUUUUACAGUAAAGAGUACCGCGACGAGUACAAGGCGAUUGUAGAGGACGCGGGUGGGCGCUGGGUGCUCGUCUUCUUGGACGCGGAGAAGGAGCUGCUGUGGAGGCGGAUACAGGGUCGGCGCGCGGCGCGGGAUAGUAUACCGGUGGAGAGCGGCGCAAGAGAUGGCGACUCGGCGUAUGAUAUUGAGCGAGAGACUUUUGAAAUGUAUUGGAAGGGGUUUGAGCCUCCUAUGGGAGAAGGGGAGAUUAGAGUGCAGGUGUCCUAG